AAUUCAAGAGAGGAGAAAUAUUGAUUCGUUCGACAAUACAGCAUCCUCGCGUCGUUAAUAGAUCAUCAUCGUCAUCCGAGCGCGACUGUCGCUCUCGUAGUGACUCAUCUCGACGUUUAUUGGAAAAAUGAAAACGUCACUUGAGCCUAUCAAGCCAACCGCACCGCGGCGUUGGCAGCGUCUCUCUCUCUCUCUCCCCACGACGCACACACACAGCACAUGAGCACACGAGAACACAUACACUACCACAGUAGUAUAGUAGUAAGUCGCUCGUCUCGUCGUCGAAGAGGUGGAGUGUGCGCGUAAGGUACCUAUCGGUUUUCCUCUCGUUCAGGACUGCAGCUCCAGAGAGGAUCCUGGUCUUCGUCAUCGUGCGUUUAUGGACUGUUAGUUUUAUACAUUUAGUAGAUUUUAACUCUCACUACCAAAAUGACUGAAUACAAGCUGGUUGUGGUUGGAGCAGGAGGUGUAGGUAAAUCUGCAUUAACUAUCCAACUGAUCCAAAAUCAUUUUGUUGAUGAAUAUGAUCCUACAAUAGAAGACUCAUACAGAAAGCAGGUCGUUAUAGAUGGAGAGACGUGUUUGUUAGAUAUUUUAGACACAGCUGGCCAAGAGGAGUACAGUGCAAUGAGAGAUCAAUAUAUGAGGACAGGCGAAGGAUUCUUAUUGGUAUUCGCCGUGAAUUCUGCAAAGAGUUUUGAAGACAUCGGUACAUAUCGCGAACAAAUAAAAAGGGUCAAGGAUGCGGAAGAGGUACCGAUGGUGUUGGUCGGCAAUAAGUGUGAUCUCCAACAGUCCUGGGCUGUGAAUAUGACACAAGCGAGGGAAGUUGCGCGUCAAUACGGCGUACCUUUCGUCGAAACCUCCGCUAAAACUAGGAUGGGUGUCGACGAUGCGUUCUACACUUUGGUUCGAGAAAUCCGGAAAGAUAAGGAGCAAAGAGGAAAAGAGAAACGAAAAAAAAUGAAAGCUGGCAACUCAAGUCGCAGAAAACAUCGGUGUUGUAUUCUUUAAGUUAAUCGAUAAUUUCUGUUAUUUUAAACUGUGAGGAAGCAUUAGUAUAUUUGCCUCGUAUACGUCGAGUUAUUUAUAUUUGCACAAUUCUCAAGUAAAUCAUAAAUGAUAUUGAGACAAGUGCAAGAAACAGCACAAUUUCAUUGUUCUUUUCUGUGAAUAAUGAAAAAAACUAUGAGAGUUGAUCAAACAAAUCAACUAUAAAUCAUACAAGAACAAAACAAAAACUCGAUUUUCCAUUUGCCACAAUCAUAGAGAAAUCAGAAAUCUUUUUAAAUUUAUUUUUGCAACCAUUGUAUAAUCUAUACCUGGGAGUGAUUUCGCCCAGUAUGAAGUGAUGUUACUUUUUUCAUGUGUUGUAAUACUUGAUCAAGUAUUUUUAAGUAUUCAUAAAUAAGCAUAGGAUAUUAAUUUUUGUCGAUGAUGAAAGCACAAACAUUGAAAGCUCAAACACUCCUAAGUUAGGUACACAUUAACAAAAAGAUUGAAAACUAACAAAAACAUAAUAAUCAAGGGCAAUAAAUCUUUUACUGUGAUCAUCAGGCCUCUAACAUUAGCAUCAGUCGAUAGCAAAAUGAAAUUUUUGUGUAAAUUAUAUAUGAAUUGUGUAAAUCAUAUCCGUAUGCAGUAUAAACAUAAAUUUUGUCAAUAUUAUUCGUCAAACAGUCACUUCUCAGCAGAUGGAAUAGUUACGGAAUAAUGAGUGACCAAAUAUUUGGAAGUAAAAUUUUGUGUGCAGUAUAAGUUUUUUUUUGUCGACGCCUGAAAGCGCCCCCAAGUUUUCGACGAGAAAUGCUUUUGUAACUGAUUAUUGAAUGAUUAUUUUGCUACGCUGUAUUAUAGCUGUGUAUAAUAAUUGCAAUAACACGUUCGUUCUUAUGAUUUUAUGUAAUUGUAUAUAACGUAUGUAAAAUUUUCUGAAGCACUCUCUCGAUCUACUCUUUAGCCGACAAAAAUAAAAAACAAUAAAAUCAUUCGAGACAUUGCUCGCAAAGAAUUUUGUCGUGUGUGUGCUUCAAUCAAAACUUUUUUAAUACAUCAAUAUUUCUACAUUGUACUUUUCAUCAGUGUAAUCUCGCAAAAACAAAUAAGCAAAAAACAAAAAAGUUAAAAAAAAUAUUGGAAUGAAGAGACGGUACUUAGGGUCUCACAGCGAAACUAGCAAUAACAUUAAAACUCUGCACUUGGUUUCCCCGUGUACGAUUCUGUUGUUGUUUUCCUUUUCUUCUUUCUUUUAUUUUUGUAUUAGUUACUAUAUUUUUAUACGAACUUUUUGUAUAUCAACUUCGCGUACAUGAUUUCUUCGAUCUUCCAAGCGUAUCCAUAAUUAUUGUCAUUUACGAUACACACGUAUAGAUAACGAAAAAAAGGAAACAAAAAACAGCGUAUACAAACUGCAAUUGUAGCCUCGACUUGUGUUCUUACUCGCGAAAAGAGAAAAUUCGCGCUCUGAGAUGUAGGGAAAGAAAGAGAGAGCGAGUAGCGCGAACGCGAGAGAGUGAGCGAGAGAGUAUGUGCGCCGCUGACUCAGUGGAAUUCUUUCAUAUUAUUGUAAAUGUGUAUGUGCGUGUUUCGUUGCGCAGCGAUCGGGUCAUACCUAUUUUUAAGUUCGCGCCAGCGCCGCUGCCGUGCUAAUGCCGUCGUUGUAUCCAACAGUUAUACGAUUUCUCUUUUUCACCGAAAAAAAGCAACAAUACCGUGUACGCGCUCACAUUAUUUGUUCGUCUUCGCGCGACAUCGAGCUUACAGAACUCUGCUGCUGUCCGUGCAAGUUUCGAUCGAUGCUACCUUUCUCUCGUGGAAGUUGACCAUUGCAGAAUAGUCGAUUGCAAUUCGCGUGCCUCCGAUUUCGAAGUUGUCGAAUUGCUGACUGAUCGACAAUAAUGAUUCAAACGACACAUGCAGCUUGCCACGAAAAUACAUAUCCCACGCGAUGGCGAACGAAUUCGUCAAGUUUUCAAUUUUUCUAGGGCACUUUCUCAGCAAACUUCAACAAACGCGCCGUAUUUUACGAAAAUACUCUUGGAUCACUUUUUCCUAGUUCGUCGAUAGAUGACAGUAGAUUAUUGAUAUCCACAAACGUCAAUAGUGAGACGAUAACAUCGCUGACGUUUGAUUUAUUAUAGAUCGAGCGGCAAAGGUUUAUUUUGUUUUGAUCUUGCAGCGAGGUGUACCAAUUUAGGUACGAACAUGCCAAUUCGUUACGAUUAUACUUUGACAAUAAUUCUGUACAUAGAUACAGUGCCAGUGUUGCCCCCCCCCCCAGUUUCUUUUCGUUUUGAUCGCGAGAGGGAAGAUUGCUCAGGAGGAUAUCGUGAGAAUAACGUCGAUAAAUUCUUUUUAUUUUUUUUCUCUCUCCCUUCGACUACUCUUAUACCUGUAUAAUCUGUCUUAUGUUCGAACGAAUGCCGGAGUUCUUAAUCAUAAGUACUGAUAUCAUUUACUGCAUAUACAUAUGACAACAAAUAAAAUUUUAC